GAAAAAUUCGAUUGUUUGGAAGGUAACUAGAGGUCCCCGUAUUGUCGAAUAUAGAACGGGCAUUCUUGAGAAUAUUACCGAAUCAAACGACUUGAAGUAUCGUAGUAAAAUGACACGUAUAUCCCAUGAUGUGGCAGAUGACAAUCAUAAACUAGUCGAGUAUCUUGGUGAACCACCGAAACCACUGAAAAACCGGCGAAAGGCACCAAAAACCAGCAUACACAUGGGAGAAUGGCGGCUAUGGACUGGAAUGUCCUCUGAUGUGGUUGUGGAAAAGCAAAAAAGAAACAUGACG